AAUUACGCAAGGCUUUUUUCCUUCUUAGUCUACGUCGCAAGGUCUUCUCAUAUCAACUUCUCACAACAGUUAGGAAUUUAGAAAUAUCGCCCUCUUUUUUUCACAAAUCAGUCAAUAAUUCUAAUUAGCUUAAUUGAACUGAAUCAAAAAUGACCUGAGCCUGAGAAUAUAACCCUGGUCUAAAUCUCUCCGAGAUGGCUUCUGAAAGCCAGGCCAAAAAUAUUCUUCCCCUCGAGUCAUUCAGUCUUACAGCCUCUCCCGCAAGUACGCAUAACAUCGUAUGGUCCCCUGAUGCCGAACUAGCCAUCGGGUGCGAUGAUUGUGUCUUCCUUUUCGUUCCGGAAUACUCCAUUCCUAAAGGCACCAACGGCGCGAGCAGCGGAGUAGUUCGACAGUACAAUGAGACGGCUCUUAGGUUUCCUACCGUUGAGCAUAGAAGCCCCGAGUUAAAUCGACCCAUAUUCAACCUUGUAAAACAGACAUUUCCCGACUUUGAGUACACUCCAGGCGGCGGUGGUUCGGGUACCGUGGCGAGUCAAGGCAGUUCCAUGAACCACCUCGUCGCGUUGGAAUGGUCGCCAUGUGGUCUGGGCCGGAUGAAUCGUUCCGUCCUCGCCGUACUUACCGGUACCGGUGCCAUCACCAUCUACUGUGAAGGCGCAUCAGAUAAUAUGAAUGCCUUCAAACUUCGUGGCCGCAAUGCUAGGACCUUGAGACCAUGGGUCGCCGCUUGGGGCGUAGGGGCAGGCCUGCUCCUACCACUUGCCAAAGGGCAUGAAGUAGAGUAUACCAAGGAGUAUAUCACUUCCUUCGCCUGGGCAAGGGAUAUAGAUAGCCACGGGGCGUUGUUAGCAUACGCGAAUGAUGAUGACGAAGUUGUCAUCAUUUCAGUCCAGGCCAAGCACGACUCUAGUGCGCCCCCGGGAGAUUGCGGUCGAUGGAGAGUCGAAGAAGUCGCAAGGUUCGUAGCCCAAGGGCCUCACCCAAAAACCGAUCCUACCGACCCAGACUAUUCACCCUCUGGCUCCUCGUUUUCGCUUAGCUGGGGGCCGUGGCUGAAAAGGGGCAAUUCAAAAACAAGUAUACUAUCAUAUGUAGCCAAAAACUACGUUGGGUUUAGACAGGUUACUAUCCGCUCGCCCCGUGAGAAUAUGAAGUCGCCAAAUGUGGAAGUUGGUAAAGUCGACUCUAACGGGGUUUGCCAUUAUCUAUCUACCGAUGCAUUUGUGGUAUGGGAAGACUUGAUAUGGACUGUUGGAGAAUCGAAGAUCUGCCGCGGUAUCAUCGCUACGCCUUCGAAAGCGAAAGCCUUCCAAAUACCAUUCGACAGCAACCAACCCAGCUGGAUCACUAAGCACACCACGGACGAAUGCAAGACCACAUAUACAGAUUCAGAAAGCAAGGGCCUAUCACAGAACCCGAUUACUGGACUCAUCAUUCACCCCCCUUCUCUCUCUCAAACUACUGCUAUGCCUUCGUACUCACUUGUCCGGCUCUCGGCUACUCACGAGAAUGAUGCCUGGUACCAGACUAACCUUCCACUACCCCCGAAUCCCGAGGAUGGAACUAUCGGGCCGCGAUGGGCUACUGAGAUUAACCAGACUAUUGAGCAUCAGCUCCCACGGGCUAUGGCCUAUAAGCCUAUCGCCGAGCACGGUAAUGUCGGGUCCGAAGACGAUUCAGCUGACGAAGAAGAAAUGGAUGUUGAUUCGGCAGAAGGAUCCGACUACGACCCCGAAGAAAACUUUGCUGGUUUGGAUACCGAGGAUCAAGUCCAUAUCAACCGAGUCCGUAUUUGGGGAAUUACAGCUAGUCCGGGUGGAGGAGUAGCCGCCGUUUUCACUAGCCAGUAUAGUACUGUCUGGCAUGGAAGAGAUACAUACGCAGGAGUAAAGUGCCGGGUCCUUUUCGGCCGAUAUGACCGUAGCAUAGACCGAAACCAAGGAGCGGAUGCGGCUCUAGCUAUGAAGAACCUCAGCACUGAAGCGAGGAUGUGGGAAUGGAUGUACGGCGGAGGCCCCUCGGUGACGGGAGUCUUCGGCUUAAUGUCAAAAAACAGUGAAGAACAGGUUGCGCUGAAGGACCACUUCGCAAUGAUCAGCCGCAAGCAGACCUGCUCCUUCUGUAGCCUACCCCUGGAGCCGAUGGGCAAGGUGUCGCGCUGUGGAAAUAAGCACGUCUUUGCCACAUGCGCGACCACCGGACUACCAAUCCUAGCACCCGGUAUGUCGCGAACCUGCGGCGUGUGCGGCUCCAAGUGCCUCAAGCGAGAUGAUCUCGUCAGUAUGGCUCCUCAGCUCAGGGAAAUUAUUAUGGAUGAGAUAUCUGCCGAGAUGUGUGGUAGUUGUGGUGGGAAAUUCAUCAACUGAUGUAUGUGCUGCUAUAGUUCCAUAUAUUAGAGAUGCCGUUUGGCCCCCUAUCCAAAGAUGGAACUAUACCCUGGCGAUUCAACGGCAGCCUAGCUUCAGCAACUCUAAUAGUGAGCCUCUAGCUAAAUAAUAACUUAUAUUUAAAUGAUAUAGUAUUUACCUUUCCGCUGCACUGUGCCUCAGCUGUCCGCCAUAUGUGGCGAAUCCGGUCAGCAUGCUCUGAGACUUUCGAGAAGUUAUCGGCUAGGCGUAGCUAGCUCAUCUCAUAAGUCCCAAUUAUACUUGAAGCUUUAUUGAAAUUGUCAAGGUUCAGCAUGAGGUAUGAAAGUUCAUCUUAUCACUACUCUCUCUAUACUCAUAUCCACACUUUACUAAAUAAAGACUUCAUCUUACCAAUACCCCCUAUUCUUAGCGGCGAACGAGAUUGAGAUUUACAAGGGAAUAGAGUAUGAUAGGUGGCCAAUUUGUUGAAAACCGACGAAUUUCUCGUAUCAAGCAAAGCUCCUAACCUAGAGGUCUUCAUAAUGUGGUAUGAUAAAUAAAGUCAUUUUUGAUUCGAUCGACCGUACAUAGCCACUCAAUAUGCGAGUGCUUCGAACUAUAGGCUAUUCUACGUGUCCAAAUUAAUGAAGUUAGAUAUUAGAAGCUUAGAUAAUCAUUACCCUUGUUGUUCCCCUGAAUAUACAG